AUGGCACGCCCGCCCAAUCCAAUCGAUCAAUACCGUGACUAUGUCACCCACCUCUACCUUAACGGUGUCUCUCGAAGCAAGAUUCAGUAUAAGCUUCGGAAGCAUUACCAUGUCGCCGUCAAUCUCAGCACAAUCUCUCGCCGAAUCGCAAGCUGGGGUCUCCCGCGCCAGCAAGCCCGCACCAAAGAAAGUCCAGAGCUCAUAGAGGCCACUCGCGACCUGAUAUUUCGCGUUGGGCUUACCGAGAAGCAGACGCUGAGCGUUCUACAGAGACAGGGCUGGCCGAUCACGAAACGAGGUCUGAAGUGCAUCAGGCUACACCCGGACCGCCGCUGGCUACGCAGGCUCAACAGCGAUGAGGAGCGACUCGCCUUGCUGGAGAAGACAGAGCAGGCCAUCAUCGAAAUGACGCGACGUUCUAAUGCCAUUUCGGGUUAUGGCAGAAACCUUCUCCAGCCGUAUCUUCGUCAGCAAAAGCAGCUCUGGGUACCAAGAGACCCUCUCUUUGAGAUGUACAAAAUCAUGUUCCCAAAUGAGGUCGAGCUCCGGAAAAGGAUGUUUCGGAGGAAGAAGGGACAGUUCCUUGUGCCAGGACCAAAUUACCAGUGGUGCAUUGACGGCCAUGACAAGCUCAAGGCGUAUGGAUUCGAGAUCUAUGCCGCAAUCGACGCUUACUCGCGCAACAUUAUCUGGUUCUAUGUUGGCCACUCUUCUACAACGAACUAG